CAAUUAAUAAAAAAAACUUUUCAAAUAAAAUUUCUUACAUACUUUCGACAAACUUCGUUGUUUAAAAUUUAUAAUGGAUAACAAAAGAGUAGAUAAGUUUGAUGUAAAUGAUCCUAACUUUUACAAUAAUUUGCAAGAUGAAAUUGAAACUGACUUGGCUCGCUUAAAAAAAAGUGUGGAGGUGGUGCGAAAUUUACGAAUGGUCGCGGCAGAAAUGGAAGUGGAAACAGCAUCAUUGUACCACGGGGAACUGUGGCGUGAUGUUGAAGAAUUAAAGGCGCUCAACGAAUCAGAAACCAGUCUUAAACCAGGGCCUCCCGAAAAUGUUUAAAAAACCAUUUGUAGCAGCGCUUGUACCUACGUAUUUAAUUUUAAAACUAAUAAGUACUUAACGAGACCGAGGUAAAAAUAAGAACUUCAUAGAAGUAUAAAAUUACUCGUAGAUACAUAGAUUCUGCAACAUUUUGCUAACGAAAUUUAAAGUACAUAGGUAUGUAACUAU